AUGUCAAAGGAGAGUGACUCAGGAUUCGAGGGUGCAGGAGUCAAACCUGGCUUAGAAAUCUGGUGCGUGGAGAACCAACUCCGGUUGGUUCCAGUCCCAAAAUCUCUGCAUGGCAAGUUUUAUUCUGGAAAUGCAUAUGUAAUUUUGAAUACGGUUUUGCUAAAAAGCGGCCCGCCUCAGCACGACAUUCAUUACUGGCUGGGAAAAGAUGCCAAUGAGGUGGAAUCAACCUUUGCAUCAGACAAAGCACUUGAAUUAGAUUCAGCUCUAGGGUCCUGUACUGUUCAGUAUAGGGAAGUUCAGGGGCAAGAAACAGAGAAAUUCCUGUCAUACUUUAAGCCGUGUGUCAUACCCAUUGAAGGGGUGUUUUCUUUAGAGUCUGGGCAGUUAAAUGGUGAAUCAUACAAAAAUAGCUUGUUAACAUGCAAAGGAGAGCAUGUUGUUUCUGUGAAAGAAGUGCCUUUUUCUCGGUCAUCCUUGAACCACAAUGAUGUAUUCAUACUUGACACUGCAUCCAAAAUUUUCCUCUUUAGUGGGUGCAAUUCUAGCACACAAGAAAGGGCUAAAGCUUUGGAGGUUGUUCAGUAUAUCAAGGAGAACAAGCAUGGCAGAAACUGUGAAGUGGCCACUGUAGAGGAUGGGAAACUUGUUGGCGAUCCUGAUGUUGGUGAAUUCUGGAGUUUAUUUGGUGGAUAUGCUCCCAUUCCCAGGGACUCACCUUCUGGUGUUGAAAAACAGCCUGAGACUCCAUUCUUGCAACUAUUCUGGAUAACGACACAGGGCGAGCUGUGCCCUGGUGAAAGUAGUUCGUUGAACAAAGAAAUGCUGGAGACAAACAAGUGCUAUAUGCUUGACUGUGGUGCCGAGAUUUUUGUAUGGAUGGGAAGAAAUACCUCAAUUGCAGAAAGGAAGAAAUCAAUUUCAGUUACUGAGGAUUUACUGAGAAAUCAGGGAAGGUCAACGGCAACCCAUUUAACUUUUCUAACUGAAGGAUUAGAGACUUCCAUAUUUAGGUCAUAUUUUAAGAAUUGGCCUCAAGUGGUGGAGCCAAAGUUAUAUGAAGAAGGUCGAGGAAAAGUAGCAGCAAUGUUUAAGCAAAUGGGUUAUGAUGUGAAGGAACUGCCUGAUGAAGAAGAUUGCCUGCCGUUUAUAAAUUGCCGAGGAAAACUAAAGGUUUGGCGGAUAAAUGGAGAAGAGUUAAUCCUUAUUCCUGUUCCAGAGCAAACAAAAUUCUUCAGUGGAGAUUGCUAUGUUGUUCAGUAUACAUAUCCUGGCAAUGGGAGGGAUGAACAUUUGUUUUAUGCAUGGCUUGGUCGUGACAGUGUACCGGAAGAUAGAGCGGAAGUUAUCUCCCAUAUGAAUGCUAUAGCAGACACAAGCAAAGGGGAUCCAGUUUUGGCUCAAGUUAUUCAAGACAAGGAGCCACUUAUAUUUUUCUCAAUUUUUCAGACAGUAAUUAUAUUCAAGGGAGGUUUAAGUAAACGAUACAAGGACUCGAUAGCAGAGAAAGGAAUUGUGGAUGAAACUUAUAACGAACAGAAGACUGCACUUUUUCGAGUCCAAGGGAUCGGUCCAGAGAACAUGCAAGCUAUCCAAGUUGACCAAGUUUCAAAUUCCCUGAACUCGUCAUUUUGUUACAUCUUGCAAACUGGAACAUCCAUCUUCACAUGGAUAGGGAAUCUCUCUUCUACCGUAGACCAUGCUCUUCUUGACAGAAUGCUGGAAUUGAUUAAUCCAACAUGGCAACCUAUAUCAGUGCGGGAAGGGAGUGAACCUGAUAUUUUUUGGAAUGCACUUGGUGGAAAAACCGAGUAUCCAAGGCAAAAGGAGAUAAAGCAACAUGUUGAAGAUCCACAUCUAUUUACGUCUACAUGCACUGAUGGUGUAAAUUACUGCGAUUUCAAGGUGAAAGAGAUAUACAACUUUGCUCAAGAUGAUUUAACCACUGAAGAUGUGUUAAUACUCGACUGCCAUGAGGAAAUAUAUGUCUGGAUUGGAUGCCAUUCAAACGUCAAAUCAAAGCAACAAGCCAUCUCGCUUGGCAUGAAAUUCCUUCAGACAGACCCGCUUGUUGAAGGACUAUCUUCCGAGACUCCUAUUUAUGUCAUCACAGAAGGGCGGGAGCCACCUUUCUUCACUCGUUUCUUUGAGUGGGAUUCAUCGAAGGCAAAUAUGCAUGGAAACUCCUUUGAACGAAAGCUUGCUAUUCUGAAAGGAAAGAAGCAAAAUCUUGAAAGUCAUAUAAGAAACUCCUGGAAAGCAUCCUCUAUGGAGACUACUCCAAAAGGUUUGAGAAGCAAGUCUGUAAGUUCAAAUGGGAAGAGAAGUAGCUCAUCUCCAGUAUCCAGUGCUUCAGUCUCGCACUUUAAUUCUUUGACCAACUACCUAAUCUCCACCCCAACUCCAGCAGCAAGGAAGCUCUUUCCUGGGUCUCCCUUUGCUGAUGGUGCUGGUUCUCCAAAAGCAGAGUUAGACUCUCCUUCUCAGACUCCAGAUUUAGUUCAGGUUGAUAGGAAUAAUGCUAGGGAAGACUCAUUAAUCUAUCCCUAUGAGCGAUUGAAAGUGAAUUCAAGUGAUCCAGUAACAGGCAUAAAUGUGACUAAAAGAGAGGUUUUGGGCAUUGCUGGGGCCCAACUAGGGUUUGUUGAAUAUGUUAUAUUGUCUACAAUCAAUCUCCAGAGUAUAAUCAUUAUGGAUGUAGAGAUGCUGUAG